AUGCUUCUAUGUAUUCCUUGGAUGUUGUUAGGCAAGCCUAUAUACAUGAUAUUUAAGAAUAUGGUGAAAAGAGAAGAGAUCUCGAGUCUGUGGAUUAAUCAGUUUAUCCAUGUUGUUGAGUUUGGGCUUGGACUCAUUUCCAAUACCUCUUCAUAUCUUAGAUUAUGGGCUGUUUCUCUUGCCCAUGCCCAGCUUACUAGGGUCCUACAUGAGUUUACAAUAGGAAAGGAGGGAUUUAUUACUCCAGUUGUACUUUCUAGUGUUUAUAUCCUUGGAACCCUUGUUCUUCUUAUUGGAAUGGAGGGUCUUGGAUCAUGUCUUCAUGCCAUGCGGCUUAAUUGGGUGGAGUUUCACUCGAAGUUCUUUAGAGGAAAAGGAUAUCUGUUUGAGCCACUUGGAUUCAAUAUACCUCUUGAUGAUGAGUGA